GUUAUUGUGACGUCAUAAUGCCGAUUGUGACGUUUCAUUAAUUGUUAAAUUCCGUAGGACAAAAACAAAGAAGUGUGUUAAAUGAUGCCAGAUUUUGGAUAAAGUCGAGAUGAGUGAACCGCCGGAAACAGAUCUCGAUUAUUAUUCCAGACCCGAAAAUUACACCGGUAGCAACCUCCAGUCCUUGCAGAAGUUCACUCUUGCCAAGCAAAAGCAGGACAAAGCUUUAGGUGACCAGAAUCUAAAAACUAAAAAGAAGAAGAGUGGAUUCGAUCUCUUCGCUAGAUACAAACACAUCUUAAAAGGAUACGUAUCAGAUGAAGAAGAAGAAGAUGAGGAAGAGGAAGAAGGAGGAGGAGGAAAAGAUGGAGGAACAGAGGAAGCGAAGGAAGAUUCCGCCAAGAAAACUAAAUUCGAAGAUAUAAAGGAGGAAAGUGAGGAAAUUAGUGAAGAUAAAUUAGACAAAGAGAAAAAGGAUGUGAAAGAUAAGGUUGAUCAAACUGUUUCACCUUCUGGAGAUAAACCUCCAAAAUCUCCGGCUGAUUCCAGGAGGCGUUCGAGUGCAAGUCCUUUUCCACCGGGAUUCGAAUCGACCCCGUCCCCACGAGACAGUGUCACCAGUACCUCACCUGUUCCCCCCAAACCCAGGGGGCAACCAGAUGUUUCUGGGGGACGGUCGUCGGUUUCUCUGCGUUUUACAAAGCAACAGCAGAUUGCUAAGGAACUACGUGCAAGUGCACUUCGAGAAAAAUUUCGGAAAGCUAUUUUCUGGGUGAAAAUUGCUCUCAAGUUUUCAAGUUCAGCCUCUGGCAGCGACCCAGGAGAGGGUAUGAAGACUUUCAUGGACAUCUCCAGCGAAGUGGAGUCCUCCAGUAUGAAAAGUUCCGGACUUUCAUUUGAUCCUAAUUAUUUCAAGGCAAACAAAGAGAUAAAUCUCAGCACCGAGGUCAAAGGAAUCUUAAGUUUACCAUCGGAGCAAAGAUCGCCUGAACAAGUCCAAACGGCAAUGUUUGGUCUACAAAUAAUGCGGUCCUUUGCUGAAUACCCUCUCCAUAUGCAGGAGAAAUUGGCCAAAGUAGCGUAUUUUGAAGUGGUUCCACCAAAACGAAUUAUCAUUAGGCAAGGACAUUUUGCAGAAAAUUUCUAUUUCAUCGUCUCAGGUCAAGCGGUCGUAACACUUCUGCUUAGAGAUCCAAAAACCGGGGCUUCAUUUGUAAAAACUGCCACAAUCAUGAGAAGGGGCAUGAGCUUUGGGGAGUUGGCCCUCCUCCACCAUUCUCGUAGGACAGCUACCGUCACCAGUCAAGGGGAGGUACAGCUACUGUCCGUGGGGAGGGCGGAUUUCUUUGAUAUUUUCAUGAGUGGGGCUGGUCCUGGGGAAAUACCAGAGCAUAUCAAGUUUAUCAGCACGUGUGAUUUUAUGAAAGAUUGGCCCUUAGAACAACUCUUAGAAAAUCCACAACACUGUCUCCUACAUUUCUUCAAAAGGAAUGUGGUCAUAGUUAGAGACAGUACAAAUUCCGAAUGGCUGUAUGUCGUAAAAUCGGGCUUUUGUCAAGUCUUAAAGCAGCUGAAAGGCGUAACGCCUAAAAUUGGAUGGAAAGAAAAGCCUAACCAAAGUAAAAUAGAACUUCCAACACUUGAAACUCCUUUACCAGGUCCAAAAGUUGAUACCUGGAGAAGGAAGAGAAGAAAAACAAAAUCUGCCGGUGAUGAAAGACGGCUAGAAAACCAAGAAAACUUAGAACCUGCUUCUGUGCCACAAGCCAUUCCCGGUCCCUCUACCAAAAAGUUCUCAAAAGCUGAAUACUCACUGAACCCUGUCACUCGAAAGGCCCAUCUGUCUCCCAUAAAAAUGUCAAAAUAUGAUACUAAGAAAAAAUACGAAGUUCCAGAGAAAUGCAAACCUCCCAAACCAAAGGAGCCCCCAAAAGACAUACCCCCUAGCAAACCCCCUCCUGUGUUCGUCCAGGUUGGAAGUCUCAAACCUAAGGAUGUCUUUGGCUUAGAGACGAUACAGUUCGAGGACUCUAUAGAAAAUCCAAAGACAGUGGUUACUCUGGUAUCCAGAGGAGCAGAAUGCAUAAUGCUGAACAAAGAAUUUUUUGCCAAACACGCCAACGAACAAGUCAAAAAAUUGAUACGUCAUCAAGUCCGACCGUACCCAGAUGAAAACACGUUCCAAAACAAUCUUCAGAUAAAAGAGAACUGGGAGUUGUAUAAGAAAAGUCUUAUUGAUGAUCUCACGAGUUGAUCAACGUCAUCAUUAGGAUAUCGUCAUCAAUGUCUAAUUUUUAUAACAGGGGUCUUCUCAAAAGAACUUCUGUUAUCAUUUAAUUUAUUUGAUGCUGAUUUUUAACUGUUUUUUGUGAAGUUAGAGAGAAUGUUAUGGGUUUUUUUCUCAAAUAAGAUAUGCGUGGUAUAAAUCUUUCUCUUGUUGAGUAUAAAUUCCGAGGCAGUAUUCGAAAAUAUUUGCUGCAAAAAAUAUUUUUAAGCAUUAAAGAA